AUGAAGGAUUUAAUGGGUGAACCAUCGGAUUCUUACAAAAAAUUACCUGGGUACCUAUACAUCUUGGAUAAAACGUAUCCAGGUUCACAUAUAACAAUGCGAAAAUCCAACGAAAACGAGUUUCUGUAUCUGUUUAUAGCAUUAUAUGCAUUCAUCAAAGGGUUUGAUUGUUGUAGGCCAAUUGUUGUAGUUGACGGGAGCCACCUCAAAACAGCAUACAACGGAACGUUUGUUUCAGCAAGCACGUUAGACGGUGCAGGUAAUAUACUUCCUUUAGCAUAUGGUGUGACAGAUUCAGAAACUGACAGGUCUUGGACGUGGUUCUUUGAGCGAUUCAGAGAAGCGUAUGGUGUGAGAGAGAACAUGUGUAUUGUUUCCGAUAGGCAUGAAAGCAUAAACAAAGCUGUUUCUAGAAUCUAUCCAAAUGUGCUGCAUUAUGCUUGCAUAUGGAAUCUUUGGGGUAACGUAUGUAAGAAGUAUAAGAAGAGCCAUGAUGUGUUGAGUCCCGUGUUUUAUGCAAUGGCAAAAGUGUACACGCAGGAAGAUUUUGAUGAGCUUAUGGGCAAAGUUGAGAAGUCAGAUUUUCGGGUGGCAGAGUAUUUGGAAUUGGCUGGAAGAGAGAAGUGGGCUAGAGUGUAUACAACUGCUAACCGAGGGUGGACAAUGACUUCAAACAUAGCAGAGUGUAUUAAUCGUCAUCUUGUAGCAUCAAGAGAGCUUCCUAUAUUUGAUUUUCUAGAAGAAGCCGAACCAUCAAUCGAAUACUUGUACACGGUAUAUGAUGCAGGAAGGCGUUUCAUCGUUAACUUGGACAACAAAACGUGCAGUUGUCAGAUGUUUCAAAUAGACGAAAUUCCAUGCCUACAUGCAUGGGCUGUCAUUAAGAAGAAAAAUCUAAUGGCUGAUGAUUACUGUUCCGAAUUGUUCAAACCGGACACCGUGGUGAAGACGUAUGAUGUCGCCGUGGAUACUUUCCCUGACGAGCGGGAAUGGAAGAUUCCAACAUACAUAUCAGAGGAUGUUGUUUUGCCACCAACAUAA